AUGAUGGAUAGCAAAUCAGCUGGUUUUCGGUUGCCAGAUAUAUGGGAUGACGAUGAUGCUAUGUAUUCGCUUAUGCAACCUAUAAGGCGCUCUAAAGUUAUUGAUCCAGUCAAUUAUAAUGCUAAAAUCACAUUUUGGAAAAGGAUAUUGCUAUCCUAUGCAAAAGAUCACAAGGCAUUUGUAAUAUGUAAACAGUCACUUCAAAAGCUGUUUACUCGACACUUCCCUGUUGAAGGCAUAGAUUUAUACCCUCAAUCACUUGGAGAGGUUAUUUCUGAUUUGGUGUCGGAAGGUGUACUAGGACCAGUAACUCCAAACAGAAGUAUCUUAGGCAAUAUGUUUACGGCCUUCUCCUAUGUUGUACACAGGCCAAUAUCAUGGGCAUAUCACUAUUUAAUUGGUCAGCCAUCCUCUAAUCCAUUAGAGACUGAUACAUCGGGUCAGCAGUUUGUGUUCAGUCAGUUCGCUGAAAAUUCCGCUGUGGAAUUUUUGUCUUGGUUUCAUGACAAUUACCGCGACCAGAGGUUAUUACCACAUUCAGCUGUGUAUGACCUAGAGCUUUUUAACUCAGCCUUGUCAAACUUUUAUUCCCAUGUGGCCACUCGUGAAUACAUAUUUGAUUUAUUGAGUAAUAUCAAACACUGCGUUUCUGUGGAAACCACGUCUACUUCAGAUUCCCAACCGAUUCAGAUUAUUCGCGUCGGUGAAGAUAUUAAUAGCCGACCGAACAAACCAACUAAUCCAGACGCUGCAAAAAUAGAAUCAUCUGCACUAAGUGGGAUUGUUCAACUCAAAUCUACAAUUAAACAACUUGAAAAUGAAGAGAAAAGAUUGGAAACUGUUAUAGAACAACGUCGAAGUCAUAUCAAGUCCUUAUUGCUAGAUAAGAGGAAUUCAGAAGCAAAAUCUCUAUUACGUCGUACGAAGGUGUUAGAGAAAUCUCUAGAACAAAAGCAAUUACAACUUAAUAAUCUGGAAACAAUGUUGAUUGAUAUAGAAUCUGCAACAGAAAACAGGAAUAUUGUACAUGUUCUAAAUAGCGUUAAUGAAGCUCUCAGACAAGCUGUAGGAGGAUCUAAUGCUUUGAGUAAAGCAGAAGGUGUAAUGAAUGACGUAAUGGAUAGAAUUCAAGAAAGUCAAGAGAUCUCAGAUGUUGUUUCCAGUUUUGGACGUACCUCUAUUGGAUUGGAAGAUAUGAGCGAUUUGGAACAAGAACUUGACAAUUUCCUUGUUGAACCAAAGAAACCAUCACCUCCGGGAAAAACACAACCGAGCUUUGAUGAUUUAGAAGCUGAACUUGCUGCUCUUAAGUUAGUAACAGAUGAGGUAGCAUCAUUAACUGAUCAAAAUUCAUCAUCUAAACAAAACCGUAUCAUUAUUGAUAAGUGA